AUGUCCGAAGACACGUAUGACGAAGGGGCAAGUGUUGCUGAUGAAGCGGCUUCUCUACUCAAACACAUAUCGGUGACUGAAAGCAAUUAUGAACAGGCAUGGGACAUUUUAAAACAGAGAUAUGGCCCUAUAGAGGAUAAUGAUGCAGACGUUGCUAUACUGUCGCAUAUGGCGACAAAGAGGUCCACAGCAUUGCUGGCCACAGCAUUGAUAACUGUUAAGAAUAGUACAGGACAUUAUACAGUAUUGCGCGCCUUAAUAGAUCAAGGGUCACAGGCUAAUUUUAUUAGUGAAAGAGCAGCACAACUUUUGAAAGUCAAAGGAACACCCACUAAGGGGACAAUCACUGGAGUUGGAUCUACACAAACGGAAGUAAAUCUGGCAGUCCAGCUUGAAAUAUUAUCUAGAUACAAAUGCAAUUUCAAGCUCAACGUAGAAGCAUAUGUGAUGCCUUCACGUUUAACAACAUACUUACCGUCCACAACUAUUGCCGACUCCACACUCACCUGGUCACAUUUGAAAGGUCUCAAGCUGGCAGAUCCCACCUUUAAUCAACCAGGGAGAGUUGAUAUGCUUCUAGGUGUAGAAGUAUAUGCAGCCAUUCUGAAAAAUGAAGUUAUUCGAGGUCCUCCUGGCUCACCAUGCGCACAACAUACAAGUUUUGGAUGGAUUCUCUUUGGAAAGAUACACAAUGACAUUGAAGAAAGGAAAAUAACAGUUAUGCACCACCACAUGGAUUUUGAUGAACUGUUACACACACUAUGGGAGUUAGACUGUGAUAAUCAAAGAAAACUUACACAAGAAGAGGAACUCUGUGAGAACAUUUAUUAUGAAAAUGUUAGGAGAGACAAUGAAGGAAGAUACAUUGUGAAAUUACCUUUUAAAUCAGAUGUCAUACUAAGUACAGAAGGUAAUACCAGGGAUAUAGCACUAAGAAGAUUAACACAACUAGAGAGAAGAUUACAGAGAGACAUGAAGUUAAGGACAGAAUACACUAAAGUGAUGCAAGAAUAUAUUGAAUUGAAUCAUAUGGAAGAAGUACCAGAAGAAGAAUUAGGGAAACCCUCUGUCUACCUUCCUCAUCAUGCAGUUGUAAAAGAUACAAGUGAGACUACCAAAGUAAGAACUGUGUUCAAUGCCUCCUCAAUGGGAUCUAAUAAUGUUUCCAUUAAUGAUGAGUUACUAGUGGCCCACAAUUGCAAGAAGACAUGA